AUGUGGCUGCGUCGGAUUCUCAAAGCCAAUGUGCGAUCCAUAUCACGCGUAGCCGGCAGUUCACGGUAUCCCGGUGAUGCAGUUUUGAUUCCUACAGAGCCAGAAAUCAGCCAGGUAAAGAGCACCUCUACGGAGGCUCCUCACUUUGACAGGAAGCUCAUCUUACAGUUAGAAUCGCUAUCUCUUCUUCGAUUUGAUGAUGAACAAGCGGUAGCGUUACUCGGAGACGUAGUCAAAAAAGCAAAACAGCUAAAGGAAGUUGAUGUUGGGAAUAAUUCCACAAUGUUCACUGUGUGGGAGCGACUAGAAUGUCCAGUGAAUGAUGAUGUUCCUGAUGGCAGUUUAGGCAACAAGGCAUUAUCAAACGCCGCUAAAACUCAGGACGGCUACUUCGUCUCACCACCAGGCAACAUUCCACUUGCCGAAGCCGGUAGCCUCAAUCUUGAUCUCAUCAGUCAGUGGGAUCAAAUCGGUUUACCUCGCGCAAUCAAGCCUAAGAAGCAAAAGCUCAAUGUUUCGCAUGGUUCUGAAUAA